GAUUAAAUUUCGUUACAUUAUUUAUUGUUUUGAAUGUUCGAAUCAAGUAAUUUUUGAGUAGUUGACAGUAGAAAUAAAUAUUGAUUGAAACAAGUUGUCAGUCAAAACGAGUAAUAAAUAAAAGAUUUUUACACAAAGGGUGUUUUUGUAUAAACCCAAACAUUAGUGGUCCUUCGGCAUAAAAGUAACUAAAAUAUGGAGCAGUACGGUGUAGUUACAAGAAGUAAAAGCAAAUCUUUACAAGCUCUUCAUACCCAACCUUGUUGUGUGGAGGGGAAAGGAGAUGGAAUAGUAUUGGAAUCCAGGGUCGCGCAGAAUACUACAGAAAACAGGUCUGAAGUAAUAUCCAGAGCGAUGGUUCCACCUCUUUCAUCGACCAGUGUUGUGAGGAAUAUUUCGGAGCAGAAAUCAGGAAUAUCAAGCCGAUCAACAAAGAGGAAGCAGCACAAGGUAGCAGCUUCAACUGGUAAGUCCCACUCUAAACACUCUAAAUGUACAUCACGUAGAGAGCUUGAGAGUCAAAUAGAGGCCAAUAAUGAAUUGUUACAACUGGCAAUAGAAGAACAAGAAAUCGCUAGAAGGAAGAUAGAUUUAAAAAAGAAAUUAAUAGAAAGCAGAUUAGCCUUACAGCAACUUCAUCUCGAGGAAAGGAGUGUUGAUGAAUCGAAUGAUUUGAGUACAAUUGAUUUGAAUGUUCUACAAAAAUCUAUUGGUGGAAAUGCAAAGGUAGAGCAAUGGUUAGAUGAUAAUACUUCUGUAAAAUCUAAAUCUGUGAGUUCUGUCCAUUCUGUAGCAGUUUUCAAUAGGAAUUCUCAUUCGGAAAAAAAAAGUGAUCCUCAGGGAAACGAAGUAAAUAGGGAUGCUGAUACUCUCAAAAUAUUCUUAGCUCGACAAUGUGUUGAUAAGGAUUUACCUAUGUUUUCGGGAGAUAUAAAAGAAUGGAUUAAUUUUUAUAUGCAGUUUCGUAACACCACUGAUUUAUUAGGUUUUAAUGAUUCCGAGAAUAUUUGUCGUUUAAGGAGAUGUUUGGUUGGUGAAGCUAGACGUUCCGUAGAGGGAUUACUAGUAUCUUGCACGGGUACUGAAGAAAUAAUGCGUAUUCUGCAAAAUAGAUUCGGCAGACCUGAAUUAAUCGUGAAGGUAUUAAUCCAAGAGGUUAAAUCUUUGCCAUUCAUAAAAACCCACGAUUUCAAUGCAUUGGCAUUAUUCUCAGACAAACUUCAAAAUUUGGUGUCAACUUUGAAGAAUCUCAAUAUGAAAAAUUAUCUGACGUGUCCACAGCUUUUGGAAGAUCUUUUGUGUAAACUGCCAUAUGCUAUGCAAGUAUCUUGGGGAAAGAGAUUAUGAAGCAGAAGCAGUUAAUUUUGUACGAACGUUGACUCCUUACAAAUCAUCGAAUUCUUCUAAUUAUGUAAACAAAAAUAAAAUUAAUUCAACUUCAGUUAC